AUGACGGACCGCGAGACGGUCCUCGCAGAGAAACCCCGUGAAGAGAGUCCAGAUCAGAAGGGAGAAGACGUGUUCUCGGAAACGAAUAAUUCCUAUCUGAUGGGAUGGAGGCUAUACCUCACCACAAUUGGUCUGCUGUUCUGUAUAUACCUGGUCAAUCUCGAAACAACCAUCGUGAGCACCUCUCUGGUUACUAUCACCAACAACUUGCAUGGCUUCGAUCGAACGAGUUGGGUUGUCACAGGAUAUUUAAUUACUUCUACCGGUAUGCUGCUUGUCACUAAAAAAAAUGGAGUAAUCAUAUGUCGUGCUUUCCAGGGAAUUGGAGCUGCCGGUGCCUACUCGGUAUCGAUCUUAAUAUUCUACGAAAUGCUGCCGAAAUCCAAGCUUCCUCUUUACGGCGUCUUCGUGUCCUCGUCCAUUACAUUGGGGUUUUCUACCGGCCCAUUGCUCGGAGGUGCGCUGGACGACUACUCGAAUUGGCGAUGGGUGUUCUACAUCAAUCUUCCCAUCGGUGGCGUCGCGAUAUUUCUGUUGAUGAUUGCACUCCCUGUCAGCUUCGGCUCAAAUACUACAAAGCAGCAGCAGCAGCAUCGAUUAUCCAGGACGAAUCUUCUGCAGAUUGACCUCGUUGGGGCCGUUCUACUGCUUGCCAGCUCUCUUCCACUCAUAACGGUACCUAAUGAAGUCAACGUUAGGUUUCGCUGGUCGGACAGGGCGACAAUUGCACUUCUUGUGAUUUCUGGCAUCGCUUGGAUUGCAUUCCUUGUGUGGGAACACUUCAUCACCGCUGCAGAACGAAGGCCGGCGCCGAUCUUUCCGACACGCUUUCUGGUCCAUCGACCCUGGAUGGGGAUGCUCUUAACCACAUUUCUGGUUGGCUUUCCUUCGAAUGUUGUCGUUGUGUCCCUACCUCAGCGAUUCCAAGUUGUCACCGAGACCUCAGCUCUUUCUGCGGGAGUCCGUCUACUUGCAUACUCAUGCAUGAGUGCAGUCGCUGUCGGGGUGGCCAAUAUCGCUUCUAAGAAGGGUCAGAUCCCAUUUAUAUAUUUUCUCAUACUGGGUUCCAUCCUCCAUACCAUCGGUGUGGCACUGUUGUCGACUCUUCCUAAAAAUAAUAACUAUUUCCCCGCUGCUGGAUACGUCUAUGAGAUCCUUGCAGGGGCGGGCGUGGGCACGACAUUCGGCAUCCUUCUGCUGGCGACGCCAUUCGUUGUCGAACCCAAAGACCUUGCCGUGGCCACGGGCGCUAUCAUUCAAUUCCGCUUCCUGGGAGGAGCAAUCGGCCUGGGAAUUGCAUCCAAUGUCCUGAACGGGAUGUUGAAGAGCCGUCUGCACGAUGUCCUGUCACCGGAACAGCUGCAGACGUUGCUCCAGAACACGGCCAUUAUCCGGACUCUGGGCGUCGAACAGCAGAAGACGAUUCAGAGCGUCUUUGCCCAGAGCUACAACGUCCAAUUCCGAAUCAUGAUUGGGUUUGCGGCUGCGCAGCUUCCUGCGGCUGCGUUGCUCUGGAGGAGGGGGGCCACUCAACUGACAGCAGUCGAAAAUUGA